GUUUAUGGCCGCUACAUAAGGACCGCCACUGUACAUGUCCACAGAUCAAACUACAGAGGACACUCGGGGUGUGUUCGGUUCACCGGUAUGUCAAGGAAGAGGGAGAUUGACAGAGACGGUAAUUUGGAAUUUGCCUGGCCAGUGUGAAUUGGAAAGAGGCAUCACGGGGGAGUCUGGAAGAGGAAAGGAAGAGUGCGAGGUCAGUUAACACACAAAAAAGGCAACCUCACAAACAAAAGGUUAACACAAGAACAGAAUGACGUUGGGGUGCGGAUACCUGAAAACUUUGGGAUACAUCUUCCUUCUUUCUGGUUUCUCAUCGACAGAGUCUCGCAUUCUGAAAUUCGUUGUCACAGUAUUUCGUCAUGGUGAUCGAUCCCCCAUUGAGUCCUUUCCUACAGACCCUCUCGGAGAGAAAGUGUGGGCACAAGGUUUUGGGCAGCUAACUGAGUUGGGGAUGAGACAGCAGUUUGACUUGGGCAGGUUUCUAAAGAGACGCUACGGACAGUUUCUCAGUGAGGACUACAAUAGCAAAGAGGUGUACGUGAGGAGCACGGACUACGACCGCACUCUCAUGAGUGCACAGGCAAACCUGGCCGGUCUGUUUCCCCCAAACAAACGCCCCCCUCCCCUCAUGCCCACAUUACCAUGGAGGCCCAUUCCAGUGCACACUGUCAGCAGAGCCCAGGAUAAGCUGCUGAGGUCCCCAAGCAAACACUGCCCUAGGUUUAGAGAGCUGAUGGGGGAGACGUUUGGCAGUGAGCACUACCGGAGAGUUCUCAAGUCACACCAGCGUUUUAUACAGGAGCUCUCCAACAACACCGGGUACUCUGUGUCUAGGCUGUUGGGCAGGAAUUCCAUCUGGAGAGUCUACGAUACCCUCUCCUGUCAGAGGAUUCACAACCUGACCACUCCAGGAUGGGCUACACCGGAGGUAUUCAGAACCCUGCAGGAAAUAACCUCCUUCGAGGUCAAGUUCAGCAUUGUCACUCACAAAAGAAAGGAGAAGGCCAGAUUCUCGGGAGGGGUUCUGUUGAAUGCCAUCCUGAGCAAUUUCUCCAAGGCCAUGGAGCAAGGAAGCCCACUUAAAUUCAUCAUGUAUUCAGCGCAUGACUCCACCCUCAUCACACUCCAGGCGGCCCUAGACGUGUACAAUGGUCUGCUUCCUCCAUACGCUGCUUGUCAGCUUUUCGAGUUCUACCAAGAGGAUGAUGGAUCCUAUUCUGUAGACUUGUACUAUCGUAAUGACUCAUCCCGUGACCCCUACCCAACACCCGUGCCUGGCUGUCAGAAGACCCCGUGUCCUCUGACCUCAUUCACUGAACUGGUUCAAGAUGUCAUUUCACCGGACUGGGAAGCUGAGUGUGGGCUCAAACUGGCAUGGCGCAACACAAGUAUAAUUGCGGCGCUUGCAGUGGCAGUGGCUGUCCUGACAGUGGUGCUGUUGGCCAGUAUAGCUGUGUUGAUCCACCAGAGAAGAAAUCUGUACUCCAGGGAGGAGUAGUGAUUCAGACAGUUGAAUAAGUCUUCCUAGACAUUAUGGAAGCAUGUGGACCAAAGAGGGCAAUAAAUAUGUAUUUAGUCAUAUCUUUGAGAUUAAAAUUGAAACAAUGUAAUACAUACAAUGACCACUGAUGUUCCUGUUGAGAUUGUACUUUAUUGUCCUCUAAUAGACUGUCAUCUCUGGCCUGUUUUGGAAACAGCGAAAGCAUUUAUAAUGAAUUUUAAGUUGUAUCUCUAGUUAACCUGUGUAAGAA